UGAAAUUGGCGGUUAAAAAAAAGCUCUUGUAUUUAUGGUAAAGGUUAUGUUUAUUUUGUUACUCUGAAAAUUUAUAUUGGAAUUGUAUUUAUUUAGUGUUUUACUGUUCCAUUUAUUGAUUUGAUUAAGAUUUACAAAACUUUACACAUAUAUCAUAUUGACCAUGUCUUUUGCAUUGAAGUUACCGGUCCUCUUCAAACCUCAACUGGUUGGUCUCCAGUGCCAGAAGUUCCACACCUCAUCUCUUAGAAAUGACAGUCAAAAAACUGAAAAAACAAUCAACCAAGUGACAUUACUCGGAAGAGUAGGUGCUGAUCCACAAAAGAGAGGCACAGAAGAACGACCUGUGGUAAACUUUUCUCUUGCUACUCAUUUCAAUUAUCGUUAUGAAUCCGGAGACAUGCUUCAGCGUACUGACUGGCACCGAGUCAGUGUGUUCAAACCAAGUCUGAGAGACACGGUCUACAACUAUCUAAAAAAAGGACAACGAGUUUAUGUCACAGGAAAACUUUCAUACGGUGAAAUUAAACUAGAUGACGGACAGGUUAGGACAGCAUCAACGGUUAUUGCUGACGAUGUUAUCUUCUUCCAACCAACCACCCAGUCUGAAAAGUGAAUUGGCCAAAAAUUUGUUAAGUACUUCUAUGUUUCAAAGGUAGGGUUUAAAAAUACCAUUAGUCAUUAAGAAUUAAGUUACAUUUAUAAGUACAUAGGUACAUUAAAAUCUAUUUUCAAAUUA